AGCAGGGAGUUCACUUUCAGAGAUAAAGAAGGUGGAGCUUUAUUAGGUUUCUUGAUAGGCAACAACAGUUGAACUGGCUGGAAUUUCAUACUCAAAUCACAUUCUUGAGUGAACACAGCAAAGUACCUCCAGCACCUCUGGAUCCAUUAAAUUAGUAUUCCACGGACCAAGAAGUGUUACCAGAGAGGAAUAAGAACGACUAUGUAGUGACAAGUGAGGCUUCUUUUCCAGAAAUUAAACAGAAAGCUUUUUAGAAAGCCUUUUAGAAAGAAAAGAACACAACUGUACCCCUACUUUCGCCAUGGAAACCUAGGAGUGCUCUUUCCACAGCUCCCCCGGUACUGCCUGUUCACCUGUAUCAUGUAUUUCAUUCCCUCAUCCAACAAAUAUUUAUUGAGUCCAGCACAGUGUGGGGUCUUGAGGCUGCAGCGGAGCCCACCACAUGAGUCUCCUGCCUCCUCAGAACUCACGUGCUAUCAGGUGAGCCAGACUCACAAUUUAAACAGAUGAGCAGGGACUUAGAAAUCGUGAACCAUGCUAAGAAGGAAAUGAACAGGUGGGUGGGUGGGCGGCGGUGGAGGGGCAUGCUGGGGUAGAGAACGACCAGAAAGGGAAAUCCGCUGGAGUGCAUAUGCACAAAAGUCUUCCCCAAGGACAGGUCUGUAUUAGUGUGAACCUGAAAGAGCCAGUCCUAUAAGAAAGGCUAAGUUGGCCUGGAUUUAAAAUACAGCCAACUGGUCCUUUGCUUACUACAGGUCACAGUUACUCUGAGCAUCCUGAAAACCUGUACCUUUUCAUAGUUGAGAUUUUCAGCACUCACCUGAAUCAACCAAUUAGAGCUCACCCACCUCAGCCACUCAGGGCUCAGCUUCAUCAACUAAUCAGAAUGCAGCUGCAUUGACCAAUAAGAACUAAGCAAGUUUCCAUCCUUCAGUUGCAUAAAUGGACCUGAUUAGGAACCUCAGAAAGAACUUUUUGCCAUGAAACCUGCCUUCCUUGUGUUCUCUGGAACUCGCUUUCAUUGUAUACCAGAGGCUGUAACUCCCUGGUUUGCAAACUGUUCACUGGAACAAAGUCUCUUUCUUCCAAAUUCCUUUUCAGAGAACUUUUGUUCACAACAGGAAACCAAAUAAGCAAAUUCAAUUAAGUUAAAUUGUACUCAUUCCACUGGUCCAAGAUCCAGGGGGAAAUAAGGCAUUUGGGGAAAUUCUGAUGACUGAGUGGAAGGCAAAAGGGAAAGAUGAGCAAAAACAAUAACUCAGAUUUGUAUUUUAUUGACCAUGGACUCUGGGGCAAGUAUUGUGCAGCCAGAACUGGAAGUAUUACACUCUUUUCUUUGGGGAUAUACUGCCGUACCAUACAAUCCGAACAUAAUUGCACAGAUCCCAACAUUUUAACCAUACACAGCACAGGCCAGCCAUACUUGGGGAUGUUCUUAGAGGAUCAUAGAGAAACAGCUAACUAGAGUUUUGGUGUCCUGCGGGACAUAUUAACAGGUACUUAGGGUACCCUCUCAUUCUGCUUCUUAGAGUAGGUACUUUGGCAUGCACAUGCACACUGAAGCUCUUCCCCACACCCAAGCACUCUUCAUUUUUUAGGACCAAGAUUCUGGGCAAGCAGAAUAGACAUAGCAAUGCUUUCACUCUUUGUUCUGUCCUUAUCAGAAAUUCUGAAAUUCACAGUUCAAUUUAAACCUUAAGGGUGAUAAUUCUUCCGAAGUCCCAAUGUCAUGUGAGUGCAUUUGUGGAUUAAAGGGAGAAAAGAGGCUAUAAACACAUAAGUCACCACUGUAAUGAUUUUAUGACUUUCCUGCAUCACGCAGAGCUUCCAAGCUUUUUGAGGCUGCUGCUGCUGUGUACCUGGAUGGUUUGGGGCCACAGAUCUGCCCUUGACCAAGAAAUACUUACUAAUCUGAAUAGUAGGCAAUCCACAUUCACCCUCAUGAAUUACAACAGAGAACCAUUGCUAAGCAAUCCAAUUAAUCUCUGCUCUGGAACCAAAGCAGAAUCCAUUGCUAAUUCCCUCAUCCACCAAAUAUUUAUGGAACGUGUGAGCCCUACUGUAUGCCAGUCACUAUGCUAGGAACUAGGGCCAGAAGGCCAAGUUAGAAAUGGUUCUUGCCUGAAAGGAGGGGUCAGGUGGAUGGAGACAAAUUCAUGACCAGGCAAUUACAGGGCAUGGUGCUCUGGGGGCUGAGAAAUCAUGGCAGGGCAGCAAUGUGAUGGUCUUGCUUUGAGGGCUACUAAAGAGUGACAUGUCCAUGGAAAGUGUUUCUGGAACCCUUUUGAAGGUACUUUCUUUUUAAGCUGAAGACCUAAGUUAAUAGACCACCACUUGAUACACUCCCAGCUCCUAUCAUCAAAUCAGAAUGAAGGGGCUUGUUACUAAAGGAGCAACAUAAACAUGUCCAUUGCCCUGUAGAUUAUCUACAGGACCCUCCAGGGAAACAAAGCCACCGUCCUUGAAUCUCCACAGCAUUUUGUUCUGCUCUGCCUUACAUCUUUUAGCAGUUUGCAUAUCUGUCCUUGCUAUUAGACUAUAGCUAUAUCCUUUACAUCUAUUCCUUACAGGCAAGAUUUUGGCUUUGGAAUCAUGCCGUCACUCAGGUGCCAGUACAUGGUUUUGGAGACAGUAAACAUUCUGGACAUGCUUCUCUAUACAGGUGACUUUCCUUCUCUUUUCGUUCUAGACCCUGUAUCCAAGAUAGCAAGUAAGUGCUGAAUCUGGAUGUUUCUACCACUGUCUCUCAGACCCAGCUGCCAUUGUCCUAUUUCAGGGCCCCAGCCCCCCAGUUCCCCAAACCCCAGCUGUCCCUUCUGAAUCACUGCAUCGGCUGCCAACUGAAAAACCCCACGUCGCUGCCACUUCUAGAACCUUCAUCAACAGCUUCCUGGGCACAGAAGAAAAUUCAGACUCCUCUGCCUUGCUCUCAAAACUCUGCGAUAGAUCCUAGUCUCCCUGUCCAAGCUCAUUCCUCCUCUCUAGCUCUUCUGCUUGCCCCCUCCCUCUGCCUCUUACCCGCCAGUCAUUCUGGAUCACUUACUGUUCCCCAAACUUGCUUUGAUGUUCCCAAAUCGCUUUGUUCACACUGAACUCUACCCUCAGCCAGCUUACUAUGACUGUUCAUUGCGUGCUUACCAAGUGCCAAGUCCAGGUUUCAGUUAUGUCACUAGAGGUUAUAUAAACUCAGAAGUUUGUUCUGGUGAGAUAACACAUCCCUAUUAGCCCUAACACCCUUUAUGAACUCUUACAAUGUUCUUCGGUUAAUCAUUUUCCCUUUAGAACUGAGUGACCUUUACUAGUGUAAUGCCUCACAAUUUACCAAAGCAAAGAAUCCAGUGUCAAAAAGAGAAUAAGGAGGAGGUGAAGAGAACUCAGAUCUCAAAAAAUUAUCCCCUCAAAAUUCAUGGUCAUGACAUAGCAGUUCUAGUGGAAAUAAUCACUGCAUCUCAAGUUUAUAGCAUGCCAGUGUAUGGCUUCGAUACAGUAACUAGUGCUAUAUUUCCUUUUGUCUGAGAGGAUCUCCCUGGUGUUUGUUUUAGCAGUCAAGAAAAGUGAAUAACACACACAGUUGACCCUCCGUAUACUUGGGCUUCACAUCUGCAGAUUCAGUCAACAGCAGAUUGAAAAUAUUUGGGGGGAAUAGAAAUGGAAAAAAAUACAAAUAAUACAAAGAAAAAACCAAUACUGUAAAACAACUUUUUACACAGCAUUUACAUUUAUUAGGUAAAAGUAAGCAAGAGAUGAUUACGGGUUUAAAGGAGGAUAUGAGUAGGUUAUAUACAAAUACUGUGCCAUUUUAUAAAAGGAGCUUGAGCUUCUAGAUUUUGGUAUGAGGAGGAGUGUUGUCCUAAACUAAUCCCUUCAGAAUACCAGGGACUACUGUACUAGACUAGCAGGUCUCAAAGAAUGAGCCAGAAAUCCUAAGGAUCCCCAAGAAUUUUUCAGGAGAAUUUUGCAAAGUCAAAACUAUUUCCAUAAUAAUCCUACUUGAUUUUUUCACUGUCAUUCUCUCACAAGUGUACAGUGGAGUUUUCCAGAAGCUACAUGGGUGAUGUGUAAUAUCACAAUAGAUUGAAUGCAGAAGUUGACAUGAGAAUCCAGCUAUUAAGCCAAGUACUAAAGCGAGAUGCAAAAAAUGUAAAACAAUGCCACUCUUUUCACUACAUUUUGUCUGAAAAAAGUUAAAUAAAAAUAAGAUUUGAUAGUGUGCCAUGGGUUUCUUAUUAAAUUGCCCAAUGAAUAUGUCUUUUAAAUUCUGUUUUAAUCUCUAACGCAGUAUAUAUAUGAUAGGUAUAAUCCACAUCAACUAAACCAAACGGGUACCAAGGCUGGAAGGUUAGAGAACUGCAGUCCUAAACAACAGGAUGUCUUCAGCCCCGGUCAGACUAAACUCACUCCCAUCACCCUCUUCCCUCCUGUGGCCGAGGAAAAAGACUGAUAUAAAGCCGACUUUAAGAAAAACAGUUCUUCAGGCAGCUAAAGUCAACCCCUUCUCUUUCCCGCAACCUUAUUCCCACCCUUUUUGGAGACCGCGGCUGGGCGGGGGCCGGAGUGGGCGGGGCCUGGUCAUGGGGCAUCACAGAGCCUCACAGAGAGCAGGGCCAGUCCCAGCAGCACUGCAUCCUGGGAAGCGAGGCGCUCAUAGGCCUCGACCAAUGAGAUGUGGCUGCGUCACAAGGGGCGUCCCUCCAGGCGACCCAGGUCGCCAACCACUCGGGCCCGCGCCCGGGGCUGGCAGCUGUCCCGCUCGCUGCGCCAGUGUCCCGUGGGCCGUUCUGGGCGUCCAGCAUGGUGGACUACUACGAGGUGCUGGGCGUGCCCCGGCAGGCCUCGACCGAGGCCAUCAAGAAGGCUUACCGCAAGCUGGCGCUCAAGUGGCACCCCGACAAAAACCCCGAGAACAAGGAGGAAGCAGAAAGGAGAUUCAAGCAGGUGGCCGAGGCCUACGAGGUGUUGUCGGACGCCAAGAAACGCGACGUCUACGACCGCUAUGGUGAGGCGGGGGCGGAGGGUAGCUGCGCAGUCGGCAGGCCUUUCGAGGACCCCUUCGAGUACAUCUUCAGCUUCCGCGACCCGGCCGAGGUCUUCAGGGAGUUCUUCGGUGGCCAGGACCCAUUCUCCUUUGACCUCUUCGGAAACCCGCUGGAAAAUAUUUUUGAGUCGGAGGAACUCCCGGGGAAGCAGAAGCAGAGGGUCUGCACCCCUUUUCUCCACCUUCAGUGAAUUUCCAGCUUUUGAGGGUGGAUUUUCUUCUUUUGAUACAGGAUUUAGUUCCUUUGGCUCCCUGGGAAGUGGGGGCCUUUCUUCCUUCUGCAUGUCCUAUGGUAGUGAUGGGACAGGCAGCUUCAAGUCCAUGUCGACUUCCACUGAAAUAGUUGAUGGCAAAAAAAUCACCACCAAGAGAAUCAUUGAGAAUGGCCAAGAAAGGGUGGAAGUGGAGGAAGAUGGAGAGUUCAGUUAAAGUCCUUCAUAAUAAAUAGCAAAGAGCAGUUGCUCCGCAUUGACACCGAGUAAUCCCAGUCCACAUUUGACUUAAAGCAUAUCUGGAGGAAUAGCGGACUUUUUUUAGAAUUGAAAGUGAACUUUACUUUCAGAAAAACUGUACCCAAGAAUUUAUAAACGCUUUAUGCCAACGCCUAUUAUUGUUGGGACUACACGGAUAGUACAUCUGUCUUUCAGUCGUUGUAAAUAUCUGUAUGCACUUUGCUGUUUAUUAAACUUAAGCCUGAGGCUGAC